AACAUCGUCAUAGUCGUCUUCCUCAUUCUAAAAACUUCUUCCUCUUUUCAUUCUUUCGUCUACACAAACUAACAAAAGUUGCCGUCUGCUCGUCUUUUCCGAGCCCUGAAACCCUUUAAAUUUCAAGAAUUAAGAAUACCCACUUCCCUUCUUUCUUCUAAAGCUUUGCAGAGUUUUCUUCUGAAUCUCGGAAUUUCAGAAUUGGGAUUGGGUUUUUCUUGAUUGGUGUCGAAGAUGUCGAAGAACAUACUGGUGACAGGCGGAGCGGGGUAUAUCGGGAGCCACACGGUGUUGCAGUUGCUCCUGGGUGGCUACAAGGCCGUCGUGGUUGAUAAUUUGGAUAAUUCUUCGGCUGUUGCUAUCAAGAGGGUGAAGGAGCUUGCUGGGGAAUAUGCCCGCAAUCUUGUCUUUCACCGGAUGGAUCUUCGAGAUAGACCUGCACUGGAAGAAAUUUUUGAUUCCAACAAGUUUGAUGCUGUUAUCCAUUUUGCGGGGUUAAAAGCAGUUGGUGAAAGUGUGCAGAAGCCUUUGAUGUAUUAUAACAACAAUCUUAUUGGCACAAUUACUCUUUUGGAAGUGAUGGCGGCCCGUGGAUGCAAAAAUCUUGUGUUUUCAUCAUCGGCUACUGUUUAUGGUUGGCCGAAAGUGGUCCCGUGCACAGAGGAGUCUCCCAUAAAUGCUGCAAACCCAUAUGGGCGAACAAAGCUUUUCAUUGAAGAAAUAUGUCGUGAUGUACACCGAUCCGACUCUGAAUGGAAAAUCAUAUUGCUGAGGUACUUCAACCCAGUUGGUGCCCAUCCCAGUGGCCAUAUUGGUGAAGAUCCACGUGGAAUCCCAAACAAUCUUAUGCCAUUUAUUCAACAAGUUGCGGUUGGAAGGCAGCAUGCGUUGACAGUUUAUGGAAGCGAUUACUCAACUAAGGAUGGCACAGGGGUUCGUGAUUAUAUCCACAUUAUUGAUUUAGCGGAUGGCCAUGUUGCUGCGUUGAAGAAACUUGCAGACCCUUCAAUAGGAUGUGAGGUAUACAACUUGGGAACUGGGAGGGGUACAUCAGUCCUGGAAAUGGUAGCAGCAUUUGAGAAGGCAUCAGGAAAGAAAAUUCCAUUGGUGAUGGCUGGUCGUAGACCCGGAGAUGCUGAAGUUGUAUAUGCAGCAACUGAGAAGGCGGAACGCGAGCUAAACUGGAAGGCAAAGUACACAAUAGAAGAGAUGUGUAGAGAUCAGUGGAAUUGGGCCAGCAAAAACCCUUAUGGUUAUGAAGGAUGUGCUCAUCAGAAUAAUAAUAAUUCUGCACCACACUAGCUGCCUUCCUUCCUCUCAGACUGUUCAUCUACUGCAUAGUUAUAUGGUUUAUUAUUAUUAUUAUUAUUAUUAUUAUAUACAAAAUUCAGUCUUACAGUCAGUGAUUAGUGGAUAUAUUACAAACCUGUGCAGCAGCAGUGGUAGGAAUAUACCAUAAUAUAAUAUAUGUAUCUCCUGCUUUGUCAUCAAAGGGGCUUAUGAUGUAUAAAUUAUAAUGAGACAGGAUGAUGUUCUAUAUAUAUCUUUGGGGUUAUAAAUGUAAAUGGAGAAAUUCCAUCCAUUCAUUACAUAAAGUGAAAUACAACUUUGUUUAUUGCUCCCUCCA